AUGCGCUUUCAGUGCUUGUUACUUACAGCAACACUCGGCCUUGCUGGGGCGAGGCCGACAUGGAAAACAGCAAACGGCACCGCGCCUUUCGACUUCCCAUCCCUGCUCGAUGUCGACCUUGAGGAUCUGGUCGCCGGGUUGGAAAGAAACUUGUUUACUUCCGUGGAUCUGGUCAAGGCGUAUACAGCCCGGAUACUCGAAGUCAACAGUACUCUCCAUGCCGUCACGGAACUCAAUCCGGAUGCCGAAGCUAUAGCGGCGUCUCUGGACGCCAUGCGAGCGGCCAAUGGAACGAAAGGACCUCUGCACGGAAUACCCAUCCUGAUCAAGAACAACAUUGCGACGGAUGACACGAUGAACAACACAGCUGGCUCGUGGGCUCUUCGCGGCGCCAAAGUCCCACGAGACUCCACUCUAGCAGCGAAACUUCGGAAGGCAGGGGCAAUCAUCCUAGGCAAGACGAACCUCUCCCAGUGGGCCAACUAUCGCUCGGACAAUACGUCCAACGGCUGGUCUGCGUACGGAGGACAGACCUAUGCUGCAUACUAUCCCGGUCAGGACCCUUCAGGCUCUUCCAGCGGCUCAGGUGUCGCCAGCUCUCUCGGCCUUGCAUUAGCCGCGCUGGGCUCCGAGACGUCGGGUUCCAUCUUGAGCCCAAGCGACGUCAACAACUUGGUUGGCAUCAAGCCGACUGUGGGCUUGACUAGCAGGUACCUGGUGAUUCCAAUUUCUGAACACCAGGAUACCGUCGGGCCCAUGGCGAGGUCGGUGAAGGACGCAGCAUACGUGCUGCAGAGCAUUGCUGGGAAGGAUGUGAACGAUAACUACACACUGGCAAUCCCAAACAAUGGCACUCUCCCGGAUUAUGUGGAGGCGUGUCGAUAUGAUGCCUUCAAGGGAGCUCGCAUCGGUGUCGCUCGCAACGUUAUCGAGAUAUUGAGAUCAACUACCGACGCACCUGUCCUCGAAGCCUUUGACGAAGCCGUGGAGCAAAUCAAGGCAGCUGGAGCCACGAUCGUGGACGCCAACUUUACCGCUUUCCAACAGUCGCAGAACGACUCCAGCAGCUCCAUUGUCCUCGAAGCAGACUUCGUGACGAAUCUCGCUACAUAUCUCUCCGAGUUGACAUACAACCCCCACGGCAUCGACGACCUCGCCAAGCUCCGCAACUUCACCCACAGCUUCCCCCCCGAAGACUGGCCGCAAAGGGACACGGAUGUCUGGGACGGCGCUCUGAAUCUGAGCUACACCAACACGGACCCCCGCUUCUGGAAGGCGUACCAGGCCAAUCUCUUCUACGGCGGCGAAGGCGGCAUCCUCGGCGCCCUGAGCCGCACCGACACCCGCGCCGUCCUCCUCCCGACGCAGCUCUCCCCGUCCAUCCCCGCCCUCGUCGGCAGCCCCGUCAUCUCCGUCCCCAUGGGCUUCUACCCGGCGACGUGGAACGUCACCCUGAACGGCUUCGGCAAUCUCGUCGCCACGGGCCCCAACGUGCCCUUUGGCCUGUCCUUUCUCGGGCCCAAAUGGAGCGAGGCGGAUCUCAUUGGCUUUGCGUAUGCGUAUGAGCAGAGGACGAUGCAUCGCGAUGAUGUGCGGCCGUACAUUGUGCCGAAUAUCGAGCUUGCGGAUUUUGUUCGGUGA